ACGUCAACUGCACGUCAUCACGUCGCGAAGAAACCAGGAAGAGCUAGUCAGUACGUGGCCUUUUCAUCUUGGAUCGCAGGAAAAGGAGCUCCCCUUCAUUACAAAAUGGAACUCGAGGCUAUGACCAGAUACACCAGUCCGGUGAACCCGGCUGUGUUCCCCCACCUCACUGUCGUCCUGCUGGCCAUCGGCAUGUUCUUCACUGCCUGGUUCUUCGUCUAUGAGGUGACGUCAACAAAAUACACAAGGGACGUCUACAAGGAGCUGCUCAUCUCCCUCGUGGCGUCGCUUUUCAUGGGCUUUGGUGUGCUGUUCCUACUACUCUGGGUUGGCAUCUAUGUAUGAAGUUUUCGGGUGACUGACUUAAAAGAAUGACACAUUCCAGUGGAACCAAGGACAGCACCAACUGGAUUUAAUUGGACUGCACUGACAAUAUUCUGGUUUUCUGAUUUUGUUUUCUUUUCACAAGUAAAGGGGAUUUGUAAAA